AUGCGGUGGAUCACAGCCUCACAGCUCCUCACUCUCUGCCUGUCUCUUGCGCCCUCGGGUCGGGCUGCGAGAUGCGAUGACCUGUCUGUGCAGGUUGGACACCAUGUCGUCUUCUCUUAUCCAGGUCUCAACCCACCGACUCAUCUGUUUGAUUUGAUCAAGCAAGGCAAAGUGGGUGGCAUCAUCCUCUUCGGAGAAAACGUCGCCGACAAUCUCAGCACCGUUAUCAGCAACUUCCAAGAUACCUAUAAACAGAGUGCCGCGUAUGUGGGAAGCCCUCUAUUGAUUAUGACCGACCAGGAAGGAGGAAUUGUCCGACGACUACCCGGAGGACCAGUUCAGAGCGCCAAAGAAGUUGGCCAGUCGAGCAACCCGCGAAAAGCUGCAACCCAGUCCGGCAGGGACGCUGCUAGUGCCCUCCAGGAAUACCAGGUGAAUACCAAUCUCGCGCCUGUCUUGGGGGUGUAUCGCGAAGUAGGAGACUUCUUGGACAAUUUCGGCCGCUCGUAUGGGAACACAUCUGCAAUGGUGGCUACCUGCGGACCAGCCUUCAUCACCUCUCAGCAAGAAACCGGGAUCAUCGCAACAGCAAAGCAUUUCCCUGGUCUUGGAGCUGCCGGCAAAACCGAGAACACGGACGAGGAGCCAGUCACCAUCAGCCUCACACUGGAUGAGCUUCGUUCCGUCGACGAAAUCCCGUAUACUAAGGCUAUUCCCGCCGGUGUCGACAUGGUAAUGAACUCAUGGGCACUAUAUCCAGCAUUGGACGCUAAAUAUCCAUCCGGACUGAGUAAGGCCUGGAUUCAGGAUGAACUGCGUGGGCGACUUGGCUUCCGAGGAGUGACUAUCACGGACGCGAUCGAGGCCGGCGCUCUUCAAGCCUUUGGCGAUGAUGCGGCGCGGGGUGUCCUGGCCAGUCAGGCUGGUAUGGAUAUUAUUCUUGCGUCUGCUCGGAAUGUCACGCAAGGAGAGGCCAUCGUUGAUGCGCUGGUGUCGGCUUUGCAGGGUGGAUCAUUAUCGCAGGGUUCUUUCUCAGAGGCCACUGAUCGCAUUCUAGCUCUUCGAAAGAAGAUUAGUGUGUGA